GGGAAGGGGUUGCCGUGGAGCCCACGAUCGGCUGAGAACGGGGCGCGGGACGCCGCGGUGGCGCGCGCGCGGAGGAGCGAUAGGAAGAGCGACGCGGACGCGAUCGCGCGGUUCAUCGAUGACGAGCUCGAUGAAUCGACUUCGGACGAGGUUUACGCGCCGAAGGCAGUCUUUGCAUCGUCGGUGCCGGAGGUGUCGGUCGCAGUGGCUGCGCCGCCGACCAAGCGGUCGCCGUGGGCGGCGCUCGUGAGUUAUCUGCGAUGCUGCGUCGCGGCGAGCUCGAGCUCGGAUAUCGAGUUUGAACUGGCAAAAGAUGGGCGCACGAACAAUGCGAGAGAAACACGGACGAGCCGAGAUCUUCGCGCGACGUGCAUUCCGUGCGUGGGCGACGACGCAAGCGGCGUGUGCGUCCCGAUCGGAUACGUCAUGCAUCAGGGUCCGCCGUUCAUCGAGGAACAAGACUGCGAAUGGGACGAAGUGCGUUGGCGCGCGCACGCGAGCGAGGUGGAUGAUGCCGUAAAAAACGGCCGGGACUUGCCCUCGACGCCGCCGCGCUACAAGCCAUGUCUAGUGCUUGAUUUAGACGAGACACUCGUGCACUCGAGCUUCAAGCCGGUGCCAAACAGCAACUUCAUCGUCCCGGUCGAGAUCGACGGAUCGAUGACGGACGUGUACGUGAUCAAACGGCCCUGGGUCGAUCAUUUUUUGCGCGAGGUUGCAAAAGAUUGGGAGAUUGUUGUCUUCACGGCGAGUGUGCCAAAGUAUGCGAAUCCCGUUUUGGAUCUCUUGGACACUACUAAAGUCGUGCGUUGGCGCUUGUUUCGAAAGCAUUGCUACGCGUUUCAGGGAAAUUACGUCAAGGAUCUCACCUGCCUCGGUAGGAACCUGAAACAGACCGUGAUAGUGGAUAACUCACCGUACUCGUACGUGUUUCAUCCACAGAACGCGUUCCCAGUGACGAGUUUCAUCGACGAUCCGAACGACAACGAGUUGUUAAACGCUAUCCCUUACCUGCGAGAGCUGGCGCGAAGUUCCGACGUGCGAGACGGCUUGAAGCGUACGCGCUCUGUCUCUCACAGAAAAUCUUACUUCGGCCGCAAAGGUAUCGAUGCGCCCACGCUCGACAGAUUUGGCAUCCCCGUCGCUCAGUGA